AUGCCUUCCCGCACCCACUGGCACUUCGCAAGUAACGUUGUGCCCGCGCUGGGGGAGCACCAGCUUCCCGGAGCCCCGGACGCCUGGGGAGAGCGGGUCAAUGUUCACGAUGAGAGACUAUUUGGGCUCUCCCCGGGUCAGGCAAAAGCCAUGUCUCGGCCGGCUGUCCCGGGAAAGACAUCAGGGCUGUCCAGUUGCGGGGUGCUUGUGCUCCACGGCACGGCACGGUACGGCCCAUCGCAGCAUCUCCGUCUGCUGUCGAGUUACGGGAUCGGGCAGGGCGUCCUGCUGUGUGUUGAGAACUAUGAAGAGUCGACUUCGCAGCAGGAGAAACCUCUCGAUGGACAAGCAUUGCGGGCACCCUUGCGAGUCGCCAACCCGCACUCGCAUUCUUGGCUCAAACGGGAGGCCGCGAAAAAGUGUGCCUACAUCAAGGAGCAGUUCCUGCAAAAUGACACCAACGUCAACUUGACGUGGAUUAUUCUGAAUAGGUGUCAUAUCGCCACCAUCGGUGAUGAGAGAAACCCUUCGUAA